UUAAGAGAGUAAACUCGGGCAUUAACUCACUAAACAAUAUAUAUUUUGUCCUUACUAUCUCUCUGGGAUCACAGCAUUGCUGCUCCGUUGUUGCUUCACUGAGGUUGUGCAGAAGCCAGCAUACAAAAAAAGAAAAAAGAGGAAGUCGUCAUCAUGGUGCUUACGAUACUACCAUUUAUCGGUCCAGUGUCGGUAUCUGAGAGUCUGGUUGCCAUGACAACGUUGUGUCUGGUCUACCUGAUCUUCAAGUUUUUCCACACCGAGAUCCCCGAGGGGCUCCGUCGGCUGCCCGGGCCGAAGCCCCUGCCCAUCAUCGGGAACGUGCUGGAGAUGGGCAGCAGGCCCUACCUGAGCCUCACCGCCAUGAGCAAGCGCUACGGCCACAUCUUCCAGAUCCAGAUCGGCAUGCGCCCCGUGGUCGUGCUGAGCGGCAGCGACACGCUGCGCCAGGCCCUCAUCAAGCAAGGGGACGAUUUCGCCGGCCGACCUGACCUGUACAGCUUCAGGCUCAUCAACGACGGCAAGAGCCUGGCCUUCAGCACGGACCAGGCUGGCGUGUGGCGCGCCCGCAGGAAGCUCGCCUACAGCGCGCUGCGCUCCUUCUCCACCCUGGAGGGCACGACCCCGGAGUACUCUUGCAUGCUCGAGGAGCACAUCUGCAAGGAGGGCGAGUACCUGAUCGAGCAGCUCAACACCGUCAUGGUGGCCGACGGCAGCUUCGACCCCUUCCGCCACAUCGUGGUCUCCGUCGCCAACGUGAUCUGCGGCAUGUGCUUCGGCCGCCGCUACAAUCACGACGACCAGGAGCUGCUGAGCCUGGUGAACCUCAGCGACGAGUUCAGCCAGGUGGUGGGGAGUGGCAACCCCGCGGAUUUCAUCCCGGCUCUCCGGUUCCUGCCCAGCAAAAUGAUGAAGAAGUUCAAGAGCAUCAACGCGCAUUUCAACACGUUCGUGCAGAAGAUCGUCAGCGAGCACUACGCCACCUAUGACAAGGACCAUAUUCGUGACAUCACCGACUCCCUCAUCGAUCACUGCGAGGACCGGAAGCUGGAUGAGAACUCCAACGUCCAGAUGUCAGAUGAGAAGAUUGUGGGAAUUGUCAAUGACCUGUUUGGAGCUGGUUUUGACACCAUUUCCACUACCGUGUCCUGGUCAGUGAUGUACUUGGUGGCUUACCCGGAGAUACAGGAGAGGCUUUAUCAAGAGCUGAAGGACAAAGUGGGUCUGGAUCGCACUCCCCUUCUCUCCGACAAACCCAACCUGCCCUUUCUGGAGGCCUUCAUCCUGGAGCUCCUUCGCCAUUCUUCGUUCCUGCCCUUCACCAUCCCUCAUUGCACCACAAAAGACACGUCUCUGUAUGGCUACUUCAUUCCCAAAGACACCUGCGUCUUCAUCAAUCAGUGGCAGGUCAACCAAGAUCCCGAGCUGUGGAAAGACCCAUCCACCUUCAACCCGGACCGCUUCCUGAGCGCCGACGGCGCCCAGGUAAACAAGCUGGAGGGGGAGAAGGUGAUGGCCUUCGGCAUGGGCAAGCGGCGCUGCAUUGGCGAGGUCAUUGCGCGGAACGAGGUCUACCUCUUCUUGGCAAUCAUCGUCCAGAAACUGCACUUCCACGCGAUGCCCGGAGAGCCGCUGGACAUGACCCCAGAAUAUGGCCUCACGAUGAAGCACAAGCGCUGCCACCUCAAAGCAACGAUGCGAGCAAGGAGUGAGCAGUGAAGCUAUUUCCAGUGUGUGUGACUCAAUAGGUGGUGUUAAGUUGCCACCGUAUGGAGGGCACUGUUAGGAUAUCAGUCAGCGAAAGAAGCAUCUUUCUCAGAAUGUAAAGCACCAGAUGCUGAUUUUGAGCUACAGAGCUAAGGGCAUUGAAGCAGAUGAGUAAAAUGUGCAGAUUGUCAGAGAUGUCUGCGUUUGUGUGAACAUAUCUUUGUCAUGUUUUUUUUUGGUUCUCUAAGAGAUUUUCCUGCACAUGGUUGGUGCUUCUCAGUGAAGUAUAAGGAGAUACCCGCUUCUCCUGUGUUUUUAAACUAAAACUGCUCCUGUUAAGAAGUUGUAAAACACUCAGAGACUAACUUGCCUCGUUCAACUUUGGGACACACGGUAUGUUUUACCGGAUGGGCAUUACUGUUGCAAUUGUUUGUCCUCUGUGACAUGGGAACACAAUUUAUACCUGUAAGCGAAUUAUUUUUUUGAUUCCAUUACAAUGUGGAUGUAAGACAGUGAAGCUAUAUUUGUACCCCGAAAUGUGAUUUUGUGUGUAUAUCAAGUUAGUUUUGUAUUUUAUAAAGUUGUUUCUUUAUGUGCCUAGUAUUUGUUUUGAGGUAAAUAGUUUUGCUGUGCAUCUAUUUGAAAUAUCAGGACACCAAAAGAGUUCCAGUGAUUUCUUGGAAUAUACUAGUAGGCGAUACAAUUUUGUAUUUUGUAUCUCUGAUGUAUCUAUGAUUGUAUAGCAUGUAAGGACAUUUGAUCCUUUAAUCAGCCACACAAAUAAACUAUGUUGCAAUGAU